UUUAGAAAACAUAACUGUACAUUUGUGAAAUGUGUGUGAGAUGACAGCUCAGUCUAAAAUAUUAUUUUUGUUUAUUUACAUAUUCAGGUUUCCAGGUGCAGAGGAGCAGAAUACGAUCAUGUAGUAUUGAAGCCUGUACACAUGCAGAGCUGAACUGUCACAGCAGUUGUCCUCUAACUGAUCGUCCCUCCUACAUCUGGUACAAGAAUGGACAGAAAAUGGACAAAGUAGAGAAACCCUUUUAUCAUUACUUUUAUGCUGCAGACAGCUAUUCCUGUGCUGUUACAGGACACAAGGAUGUCCCCUCUCCUUCAGUGUGUGUCCGUGGUCAGUCCUGCAACAGAGUGACGUACGAUGACAGAAACAUCUGUGCUUUCAAAGGCUCAACAGUGAACAUUUCCUGCAAUUACAACAGUUAUGAAUCUAUCAAAACUAAGUUCUGGUUCAGGUUUGAUCAGUCGGGGUAUAACACUCGACCUAAGGACCUGAGUAAAGACCCCCAGUAUGCGGGUCGAGUUCAGGUCUUUGAAAAUGAGAGAGGAGGAUUCUCCACUCUGAGAAUCUCUGACCUGAGAGAGAGAGAUUCAGCAGAGUAUCACUGCAAAUUCACAACAGGAAACUAUGAAUGGGAGAGUAGUUUACCUGGUACAACUCUGACCGUCACAGAUCCAGAUUUACAGGUGCAGGUGAUCUGGUCUCCUGCUGGUCCAAAGCUGAUCUGUCACAGCAGCUGUCUGCUCGUUGGCCGUUCUUUCUUCGUUUGGUACAAGAAUGACACAGUCAUUUUUGGAGAAACAUCUUUUUCUUAUGGAGGAAAAGUUGAUCCUGCAGACAGUUAUUCCUGUGCUCACCAGCGUCACCGCUCUCCUUCAGUGUGUGAGUUUACUCCCCAAUCUCACAACUUUAAACUUUUACAUUCUCCUGGAAGCAAGUUGCCAAAAAUACAAAUGACAGCCAGUGUGUAUUUGUACCUGCUGCAUGUAUAA